UCCUAACAAAUAGCAUUGUUGAUUCAGUUCAGUGUGAACUUUUGUGCUGGGUGCACGUUUUGUUCUUUGCCUAGAUUUGGUACCAAGUAACUUCAGCAAUGUCGGAAAUGAGAAUAUGUGGUUUGAAGCUGGGUUCUGUGGGAAUACUAGCUGUACUUCUCUACUUGAUUGAUACAUCAAGAGCUGCUCUCGAUGGCUACAUCGCUGGACAAGACUACCCGGACUUCGAAGAGGUGCCAAAGGGCUUGUCAUUCACCUGUAACGACAAGAUACCUGGGUAUUACGCGGAUACGGAAACUAUGUGUCAAGUCUGGCAUUGGUGUGUGCCCGGUCUGGGAGGCAACAUGAUGUACUCAUUCCUCUGCGCUCCAGGAACAGUGUUCAAUCAGCAGUCCAGGGUCUGUGAUUGGUUUUUCAAGGUUGAUUGUCCUAACGCGCCAGCUUACUAUGGGGUUAACGAGGAUCUCUACAAAGACGAAGCUGGCAAUUAUAUUGCAGGAAAAAAGUAAACCAAAUUUAAGUUAUAAUUAGUAUGUACUUCUAUUACAAAGAAAUUUAAAAUA